GGUCACCAAGCCACCAAACUUUUCAUCACACACGGCGGUCUGAACAGCAUCAUCGAAUCGGUAAACCACAAAAAACCAAUAAUAGUCGUCCCGAUAGGUAUAGAUCAAAUAAGCAACGCAGCCAUGGCGGUUAAGAAAGGAUACGCCCUGACCAUGCCACUUGACAACAGCCUUUCAGUGAAUGAUUUCAUCACAAAUAUCAAAAACGUUAUUGCCGCUAACUCGACCUACAAAAAGAAUGCAGAAUUUUAUUCAGAAAUUCUUCGAGAUAAGCCAGUUGCUGUUGGGAAGAGAGUGAGCCGAUUGAUUGAGCAAGUGCUGGAAUAUGGAGACAAUCAUUUAAGAAGCAGCGCAUUUGAACUGAACGCCUUACAAUUUUUUAUGUUCGAUGUCUUCGCUGCAAUCAUUGCUGUCUUCAUUUUUGUAGUUGUUUUCAUUUUU